CACACUCUCACAUCCUACUUCCCGCUUCUCCUCGGCCCCGUCUUCCAUCUGCAUCUACCGUUGCGACAUUCACCGACACAUGUCCACUGCAGAAGCAGAGAGCCAGCCCAAGAGGGUGUACAUUGAGGCGGGACUCCAGCCGGACAGCGUGUACGCUGCUGCUUUGUCGCCAUGGCGCGACAGCCUCCGACGCUCACUCGUCGCGUCUCUCAACGCAGAGAGCGAGUGGAUAGCAUCCGUGCAGCGCGAGUACCGCUCCAAAGGCCGUGACAAGUUCUUCUUUUGGUCAGCCGUCUUUGGCAGUGAGUCCGCCAUCACGAAGCCGACUCGCACAUGCGGAAAGCUGUCUAGCACCUCCCAUCGCUCUCUCCUAUAUCCUAGCUCUCCUCCCCUUCGUUACCCAAUGGCGCUGACAGAAGCACACACUUUCUUCACUGCUUUCCUCCCGCUGCUCUUCUUUCUCGGGCACGCCGACAAGGCUCGCGGAUUGGUGUUCAUUGUCGGCCUCGGAAUCUACUUCUCUUGCGUUGUCAAGGACAUCGUGUGCUCACCUCGUCCCUACGCGCCGCCGGUCACCCGCCUGUCCGUCUCGACACAUCAUCGCGAGUAUGGAUUCCCAUCGUCGCAUUCGACAAACUCCAUUUCUAUCGCCCUUUUCCUCGGCCAGUGGCUGUGGGAGCAGCACGACUCCGCUGGCUCGAUGGCCGUUGUGCUUGGUUGGAUCGGCUUGGCCUUCUACUUCGUGAGCGUUGCCGGAGGGCGCAUCUACACGGGCAUGCACUCGCUCCCGGAUAUCAUUGGCGGCACGCUGCUUGGCACCCUCUGCUGGAUCAUCUGGGUUGUCUUAGGCUCGUCAAUCAGCGCAUGGGUCGAGAGCGGCUCCCUCUCCGUCCCUAUCAUCAUGGUCCCUCUCACUCUGGGUCUUGUGCACUACCACCCGGAGACGCCCGAUGAUUGCCCGUGCUUCGAGGACGCCAUUGCCAUCCUCGCGGUCAUCCUUGGAGUUACGAUGGGUUGGCUGCUUUCCAUCCGUGAGCCGCAGUUUGCCCCGUCCGCCACCGUAUGGCGCUACGGUGUCGUGUGGGCAGUCCCCGCUGUCGUCCUGCGUGUAGUGCUCGGCAUUGGCACCAUCUUCCUUUGGCGUUUGGUGAUGAAGAAGACUCUUCUCACGAUCCUUCCGCCCGCAUUCCGCCUUUUCUCAAAGGUCCUCGAUGUUCCGCUUCCAACACGCAAGUUCUACCUGCCCGCGACCAACUAUAAUGAGGCCCAGACGCCCAUUCGUCCCAUCCCCUCAUUCGCAGAGCUCGGCCAUCUUCGCGAUGCAUCGCCUGGCUCGCCCUCUCCGCUCACCUCGCCAUUACACAUCACCCGGUCUCCUUCGCCCCUCAAGCUGGAAAAGGAGGCGCUGCGCACGCGUCUAAGACAUAACGCCUCAAACGGCAACGGAAGCACAUCAGGCUCUGACAGCGGAUACUCGCCCAGCCUGGAGAAAGAACUAGCGAUGGCUGAGGAGCGCAAAGGGUCGCGCGGGCGCAAGCGCCCUACACCGCACUACGAUGCCGAGGUCCUCACAAAGGUCGUUGUGUACACGGGUAUUGGGCUCCUCGCUUCCGCCAUCAUCCCAGCAUGCUUCCCGAGUAUUGAAGGCGCCCUGGGAUUGCCGUGAGAGCAAAAAAUCACGAGAUCCACAACACAACAGCACACUACAUCCCCGGACUCACAUGACAUGUCACCAGCAUCUUCCCCUGCUCUCCAGACGUUUUUCGAUCACCUGCAGCUCUUGCCCCUUAGUCCACUUACUCACUCUCCAGCUGACACAGUGUCCCCUAAGAGGCGCGUCGUCUGGCGACGAAGAGGUGCAUGCCGUGUCGGGC